AUGCGUCAGCGCAGCAGUCAUGGCUUUUUAUUGAAUCAUGUGUCUGUCUCAGACUUUACAGAGGAAAUGUCAAACAGGAAGAGGAGGAGCUCCUCUCUCAGGGAGGAGGGAGAAACCACAUUUGUGGCUCAGAUGACUGUCUUUGAUAAGAACAGACGCCUGCAGCUGCUGGACGGGGAGUACGAGGUGUCUAUGCAAGAGAUGGAGGAGUGUCCCGUCAAUAAGAAGAGGGCCACCUGGGAGACCAUCCUGGACGGGAAGCGUAUGCCUCCCUUUGAGAGUUUCUCUCAGGGCCCCACCCUGCAGUUCACGCUGCGCUGGACCAGCGACGCCUCGGACCGCUCCACGGCCCCCGUGGCCAAACCUUUAGCUACCCGCAACUCUGAGACCAACCAGGAGCCUCGACCCAGCUCCCUGAGAGCCACACACACUCUGGCUGUUAAAGAAUCCAUAAAUGCUGACGUCCAUACCAGAAGAGAACUGAUCUCAGCUGAGCCCCGCCAGAAGCUGCGCAUCUUCUACCAGUUCCAGUACAAUCACAACACGCGGCAGCAGACGGAGGCCAGAGACGACCUGCACUGUCCCUGGUGCACGCUGAACUGCAGGAAGCUGUACAGCCUGAUCAAACACCUCAAACUGUCCCACUCCCGCUUCAACUUCAACUACGUGCCCCAUCCCAAAGGAGCGAAGGUGGAGGUCUCCAUCAACGAGUCCUACGACGGCUCAUACGCAGGGAACCCUCAGGACAUCCACAGCCAGCCGGGCUUCGCCUUCAGCAGGAACGGCCCGGUGAAGCGGACGGCCGUCACACACGUCGUCGUCUGCAGACCCAAGAGGACGAAGGCGAGUCUUUCAGAGUUCCUGGAGCCGGAGGACGGAGAUCAGGAGCCGCCCGUCAUCAGCGGACACAACCGGCUGUACUUCCACAGCGACAGCUGCGUGCCGCUGAGGCCUCAGGAGAUGGAGGUGGACAGCGAGGACGAGAGGGACCCCGACUGGCUCCGAGAGAAGACUGUGAAGCAAAUGGAAGAGUUCACAGACGUCAACGAGGGAGAGAAGGAGAUCAUGAAGCUGUGGAACCUCCACGUCAUGAAGAACGGCUUCAUAGCAGACAACCAGAUGAACGAGUCGUGUCUGGUGUUUGCCGAUCACCAUGGCGCCCACAUCGUCAAAAACAACCUGUUUCGCAACUUUCUGCUGCACCUGAUCAGCAUGCACGACUUCAACCUGGUCACCACGCAGACCAUCGACCAGGCCAUGGCCCGCCUGCGCCUCCUGCAGAGCCAGCCUCACACCGACAAGGAGGAGGAGGAAGAGGAGGAGGAGGAGGAGGAGGACUGGGAGACGGCCGUGGAGUCUCAGCCGGAGAUGGAUCAAGAUCCCGAGCUCGAUGCGAUCGAUGACACACCCUGUAAUGAGGGGACUAGCAAAGGCUGCGUGGAGAACGGAGAGGAGGAGGAGGAGGAGACGGACGGGACAGACGGGACAGAGAGAGCGGCCAGCGAGCAGAAACUCCCCGGCUCUGGAUCGGCUUCAAACUGAAUCUAAACUCUAUCAGAUCCCCCAACAGGACAAUACAAGAAUCUUUCAAAAACAGCGUGCGAGACAAACACACAGGUUACUGCAGGGAAUCAUGUUUUCAAAAGCAGGCUACAUCGGAGAGAUGACAUUGUUCUACAUCAUGGUGCGUCAGAGACGUUUAUCAUUUCAUUACCUUUAGAAAUGUAGAAGUGUUCCUAAUAAGUUGAAUCUCAGAAUGAUCAGAUGCAGUUAACUGGUGCUAGAUCCUCUUUUACUCCUCAGAAACUCUGGGUGCCAAGAUGCAUUCAAACACAGCUCCUCCACAGGGAAGGAGGUGACCUUUUUGGGAGGUUUUUUUGCCACAUUUUGGGGGGGAAUCAGGUUAAGUUGCCCCAAAAAAUAAAUUGACAGGAUCACUUCUUUCAGCAUCUGUUUCUUUUUCAUAUAUGAAUCCAGGUGCUCGCUCCAGCCGCUUUAACUUCAUAUAAUCUUUGAGGGACUUUUGCUAACACACACACUCACUCACUAAGGCUCUGGAGUAUCUGCAUUUCACUUGCGUAUAUACUAAAGAGUUGCAGAGGGGUUAGGGGAGGCCAUCAGCUUGCCGCUCAUUUAAUCUUUUGUCUAAUUUCUCUGCUGCCGUUAUGUACAUAAGACUCUGGGAAACUCACAAUAUAGCUUUGGAUAAUGUGUGUUUUGGAAAGCAACAUGUGAGUUCUUUUGUUAUAGUUUCUUUUAGUUCACACACCAAAGGGGAUGAAUCUUCUGCAGGUUGCUCUGCUGCUGUUUCUCAUGCUUUUUUUUUGUAAAAAUAAAACAUAUUUUUCUGCAAAACCUGAACCGAUCUCACUGCCUUGAAACAGGAGCAGAAAGAAGCACAAUGUCCAGGAGAGCGUUUCAGUUUCCUGCUUCACAUUCAACAGUUUAUGGACUGGUGUUGAUUGAGUCUUUAUGUACCUUCUCUUGGUGCAACUUUUCAAAAAGCUUUAGAAGUCUGAUGGUGAGAAAUUCAGCAGGAUCUAGUUUGCCGUUUGGUUCACAUGUGACUUCUGAGUGACGUGCAGAGCACUUUUUAAUUUAGAUAGAGCCCACUUUUCCAUUUUUUCCCACAUGAGACCAGCAGCAUUUUGCACACGAUGAGGAGCGAUGUCAAGAAAAACAAGACUUUUCUUCUACAUUUAUGUAAAAACCAGCUUGACGUUGUGAACUUUUAAGUUGACUCAGAAUGGUUUUCUAUUAAAAGAACAAUUUUGUAUAACUAUCGACCAUGUGCUUUAUUUAUUUCACUUCUGCAAUCAUGUCACAACUCAGCAGAAAGGGAUUGGUUUACAUAAUUUGACCUUUAUUUAACAAAACAACAAAAAUGACAUCAGUGAAACAAAUGCAAUACAGAGGUUUGACCAGCAGGUGUCACUGUUUCCACGAUGAAAUUCCUCAGUUCAGGCUCUUUCAGAACUACGUUUUCUUUUCACUGGUUUCAGGAAAUCUGUACCAUCCAAGAUUCUCCAGAGACAAAACAAGAGCUUAAUGUCAGCCGGAAACAAACACACAUCUCUGGAAGCUGAGUACAGUGUGUGCUGGACAAACAUCAAGUUCUUUUCGGCAACGUGAAGAAUACAAAACGUUGCUUCAGUAUUGUGUUCUUGAUGCUACUGUUGUAACCCGGAAUGAAAAACAGAAUCAAAAUUGUUGUAAUGACAUUGAAAUGACCAGAAAAGCUCUGUUUUCUAUUUAAAUAUGUAAGGGUUUGUUGCUGCUAGUUGGACAAAAGAAGUACGAUUAGACUUCAAUUCAACCAAUUUAUAACUUGUAGAUUCAUCACCUCAACUCGAUAGAGGACCUCUCAUCAAACUUCUAUCAACAGAGGCAAAACACAGUUAGAGAGAAUUCAAUAAUUGCUCAGAUUCUACAACCCUUAAAUGACACAGCUGAUAUGCUUCUCGAACAACAACGGCAGGUUUUGUAAAUACUGUUAAGGAUUGUCAAUGUAAAAUAACUCAAAGUAACAGCUUGGAAAUUUCAAGGUAACAGUUCAGA